GUCUAAACUUCUCACGAAUAUUGUAUACAAGCAAGCAACCUUUGAUAUAUAAUUUGAGAUUCAUAUCCAACUUCUUAUGUAUAUGGUUUUAAUUUAUUUCCCUCCUCGUCGCUUUUGAGCAACAAUGACAACAAUGGUCAGCUUUGAUUUUCUACAUUGUUUCAUAUUUGGUCUCAUAUUCCUCUUCCCAACUCUCUUUCUCUUUGUUUACUUCUUAAAGAAACCAAAUAAUGGAAUUGAUCUGCCUCCAAGCGCUCCUUCUCUUCCGAUCAUUGGUCAUCUUCACCUUCUCCUCUUUGACUCAAUCCACAAGUGUUUUCAAAAAAUAUCGUCCAAAUACGGACCUUUUCUCCAUCUUCGCAUUUUUCAUGUCCCCAUCGUUCUUGUGUCCUCUGCCUCAGCAGCUCACGAGAUCUUCAAUGCCCAUGACACAAAUGUCUCCUUCCGUGGUGCUAUUGCUAUCGAUGAAUGCAUUGUGUUUGGUUCUUUUGGAUAUUUUAGAGCUUCUUGCGGAGACGACUGGAAAUUCAUGAGGAAACUAAUCAUGUCUAAGGCACUCGGACCCCAAGCGCUAGAACGUUCACGUAGCAUUCGUGAACUUGAGCUAGAGAGGUUCCACAAAAAUCUGCUUGAUAAAGCGAUGAAGAAAGAAACCCUCAAGAUCGGUGAGGAAGCAAGGAUACUCGUUAAUAACACCCUUGGCAAAAUGAGUUUGGGAAGUAGUUUUUCAGUGGAGGACAAUGAUGGAAAAAAAGUUUCGGAAUAUUCUAUCCAGUUAGCUGACUUGUCCCGCAUGUUUUGUGUGGAACAAAUAUUUCAUAAGCCGCUUGAGAAGCUAGGGAUCUCUUUGUUAAAGAAUGAGAUAAUGCAGGUUUCAAAUAAAUUUGAGGAGCUGCUGGAAAAUAUUCUUGUGAAUUACGAAGAGCAAGUGGACAAGCAUCAAGGUACUGAAUUCAUGGAUGCAUUGUUGGCAGCUUAUCGAGAUGAAAAAACAAAAUAUAAGAUCACUAGAAACCAUAUCAAGGCAUUAUUAGCGGAGCUUUUUUUUGGAGCCGGUGAGUCCUCUUCUUCGACGACACGGUGGGCAAUGGCAGAAAUCAUUAAUAAUCCUAAGAUCCUUGAAAGAUUGAGAGAAGAAAUUGAUUUUGUGGUGGGAAAAUCAAGGUUAAUUCAAGAAACUUAUCUACCAAAACUCCCUUACUUGCAAGCAGUUGUAAAAGAAUCUCUAAGAUUGCAUCCGGUAGGAGCAGUAUUGCCAAGAGAAUUUACACAGGACUGUACGAUCGGAGGGUUUCACAUAUCUGAAGGAACAUCACUUGUCAUCAAUGCUUAUGCAGUGAUGAGAGAUCCUAAUUCUUGGAAAGAUCCUAAUGAGUUUAAGCCAGAAAGGUUUCUAGCUGCGUCAAUAUUAGGGCAAGAGGAGGAUAGAAAAGAACAAGCAAUGAAGUUCCUCCCUUUUGGCGCCGGCAGGAGAGGAUGUCCUGGAUUAAAUCUUGGCUAUACCUUAGUAGAAACCACAAUUGGAGUGUUGGUGCAGUGUUUUGAUUGGGAGAUCAAAGGAGAUAAAAUCAAUAUGGAUGAAGGUUCGGGAUUAAGAUUUUUCUUAGAUUUGGCUCAUCCUCUUGAAUGCAUUUUUAUUCCUCGAAAGUAAUAGGAUAAAAUUUAAAUUUAUACCAAAAAUAUGCAUCAAAAAUCUAAAAAGACAUUUCAAAAAAUUUUAAUUUUAAA